CUCAUUCUGCACUGGCUGCUGUCAGCACGCAGAGUCUGAACGGCAAGGCGGAACGCUUUUACUCCACCAAACCGUGUGUUGACACGCUAGUCAUGAAACUAUCUCUUUGGAUAUCGGACUGUCCUAAAACCCCAGAUGACAAGCCUUAACCCGGAGCGAAACGGUAGGAGUAUGAAUCCUCUCUGGACUGCGAGAGCUGUGCUAGAGCUGGAUUCAAAAUAAAACAGGUGGCUUUCACAUUGGACUCUUAAACAUCUGAUUCAGGCCGGUAAAGCAAGAUAAAGAAAGAGAGGGUUGAACAUCUGCUGAACACAUCAGCGGAAGGCUGUCACCAGGUGGGCUGUAUGCUGUGGCUUUGGAGAGGAACUCAGAGGACUUCUUCAUGCCCACAGGCCUCGGCUGUUCACAGGGGGGAUGAUCUGGAGCACUGCACACAGGCCUAUCAUUAGGCCAUUGGGGCCCAUGCUAAGGAAUGGAUAGUUUUGCCACUAAAUAUUAUAGUGCAACUUCCCUUUAACUAUGGGGCACCGGUGAAUGAUUGGUAUGGAAAUCUUUUUUUUCCUUGGAAUCAGCUCAAGCAGCAGUUAAGGCUAAGCAAAGCACAUUUUAUUUGCUUUUUAGGAUUGAUGUACUUUGACAUUUUUAUAUAAAUGUGUCUUCAUAGCAUUUUUUUUUUUUUAGUUGGCUAGCAUUAUAUCAUCACAUAACAGACUUUAAGAUUUAUGAAUAAACAAAGACCAUGGCGGCUACCUAUCGCAUAGUCGUCAGUAGCAUAAACUGUUACAACAGCGUUGUAAUAGACCGUCGUGUCCAACACACUGUACACUACUGUAAUGGACCCUGUGGUGCACUAAAACAUGGACUGAACUGCACAGUGGCUCACCGCAGCACUUGUGCUGAAGUUCUUGAUACCCCCAUAUCCAGAAACUGUUCUGACCAGCCCAUCUCUAUUCUUGAGUCUAAAACAUUGGAGAACGGCAACACCGUGUCUGGGGCCUUCUGUGACGACUACCACCAGGUCGUCCCCAGAGUCAAGAAAGGAUCUGCCAUCCAAAGCUCAGCAAGCCUCAAGGAUAUUACAGGGGAAGCCAUUAACCUGGCCAGCGGGAAAAUCAAGGAAUUUUCAUUUGAAAAGAUUAAGUACUCCGCCAGUCAUGUGACUUUCAGAAAGGGCCGUAAGGUUCGGCCAGACUCCUUCAGCAGGAGAUCCACUGAUCUAGACAUAAUCUAUGGCCAGUUCACAGGCAAUGAUGAGAACUGUCCUCCAUUUGGCCUGUUUCAGAAAUCUGUACUCGAAGAGCAUAAGCUGAGUCGCAGCGCAUCCCUGGAGCAGAACCUAAACAAUGUAGCCACGCUCUACCUGAAUAGCCUCACAGAGGAGAACCUAAUUACCCGCAUACUUGAGAAGACCAAGGCUGACAGCAGUGCAUCAGGAGAAGACAUUAAAGCCUGUCUGGACAUUCUCCUCAAGUGCUCUGAAGAUCUGAAGAAGUGCACGGACAUCAUCAAACAGUGCAUCAAAAGAAAGUCAAUGGGGGGAAGCAGCGAUGACUCUGGGAAUCCUGAAGCCAUUUAUAAAAAUGUGAUGGCUCGUCUUUCCAACUAUUUGAAGAGGCUUCCUCUUGAGCUGGAACAGGGGCAAACUGUGAGGCAGGAGCACAGUGAGCUUGCCGAACUAGUUAACAGUAUACACGGGCUGCAACAAAUCCCCUUCUCCCCUAUUUUUGGCAAUGAGCAACCUCCGCGAUACGAGGACGUUGUUCAGUCUCCUCCGCCCACGAAGCCUCGGACUAAACCCUCCCAGUCUGAACCUCCAGAUAGCUCUAGGGAUCUUGUAUGCAACGUGAAAGCCAUUCAGAGCCUCCCUGGUUUAUCAGCACGUACACCUUCAUCAACUAAUGGGUUCCCACAUGGCAGUCUAACUUCAGCUUCCAGUAGCGGUUCAACACCUUUCAACUGCCACCACACGGUUUCAACCAGCCGACCGGACACAUUCUCUUCCACAAACUCUCUUUUGUCUAGCAGUAGCGAAAGUCUCUGUAAGGAUGCCAUGGAGGCUCUGUAUAUCGAGGAGGAGGAUUCAGAUGUGGGAAGGAUGCCUGACAGGGCAGUUAAAGGGGAUGGGAAGCACAGCUGUAGUCUUUCAGAGCCCAGACCUUACUCCAAAAGAACCACUGGCUACUCUGAGCUUAGUGGUGGUGUUUCAGAUAAACUCCAUGAGCUUAGCAGAAACGGAACUGUGUUCAAGCCUAAAAACGACUCAACUGUCAACCAGAUGUACUUGCCAAAAAGCACAGAUUCCAGACUGUUCUCAAGGUCAAUCUCACACAUUAAUAAAGGGGGAGGUGAUGACAUUGAUAAACUUUUGAUGGACCUGGAGUGUCUUUCCCAGAACAUGCAAAAGGAGCCUCCACUGCCCCCUAAACUUAAAAACUGUGCCCAGCAGACAGGUUCCCCCCAGCAUUUAAUUGGUAACUCAGUGGCUAAAGAUCUACCCGUGGUGUGUUUGUCUAGACCCUCGGUGGUCAAGCCACCCGAGCCAGGGGUUGAGGCCGCUGAGGAGGACGAUGGAGCUCUGCUGCUCAGGAUUCUUGAGAGCAUUGAGAGCUUUGCUCAGGAGCUGGUGGAGAGUGGAGCUGGGAGAGGAACUCAGUCUAAGGAACGAGAGGUCAUGCGUCUUCUCCAGGACACGCUGGCCAGCACUAAAGCAGAGGUGGCUCCGCUUCCACUUCCUGUGCCUUCGUCUGAGACUGCACCUACACCUCCACCUACACCAACACCCUCAAGUGCACCUGCUGCCAUACUAACACCUGUUUCUACUGUGAGGGACACAGGCUCAACACUUCUCAUUCAACAGACGCCCGAAGUCAUCAGGAUCCAGCCUGAGAAGAAACCUGGAACACCUCCUCCAGCUCUUGCACCUGCACCCUCCUCGCCAACCCCACGGUCACCCAGUCCUCCGCCAGCCAAAGUGGUGGCCACGCCCCCACCCUCCUCCAUAAACAUUCCACGCUUCUACUUCCCCAAAGGCCUUCCAAACUGUGCAGCCAACUAUGACGAGGCCAUUGCCAAAAUUGAGGCAGCCUUCACAGAGUUUGAGGAGGAGAAAGCUGACAUUUAUGAAAUGGGGAAGAUAGCAAAGGCAUGCGGAUGUCCCCUCUAUUGGAAAUCACCAAUGUUCAUUUGCGCUGGUGGAGAGAGAACAGGUUUUGUUUCUGUUCACUCAUUCAUUGCAACAUUUAGAAAGUUAUUGCACAGCUGCUACGAUGAUGCAUCCAAGUUUGUUUACUUGCUGGCCAAACCAGGCUGCAAUUACCUGGAACAAGAAGAUUUCAUCCCUCUAUUACAGGACAUUGUGGACACUCAUCCAGGCCUGACAUUUUUGAAAGAUGCUCCUGAAUUCCAUUCCCGGUACAUCACAACAGUGAUUCAGAGAAUAUUUUAUACGGUCAAUCGCUCCUGGACAGGCAAGAUCAACAUGACAGAGCUCAGAAGAAGCAACUUCCUCCAGACUCUCGCCCUGCUGGAAGAAGAGGACGACAUCAAUCAAAUUACAGAUUAUUUCUCUUAUGAGCACUUCUAUGUCAUUUACUGUAAGUUCUGGGAGCUGGACACUGACCAUGACCUCUUCAUUGACCCCAAGGACCUGGCCAGGUACAAUGACCAUGCUUCAUCGAGCAGAAUCAUUGAGAGGCUGUUCUCAGGAUCUGUUACAAGGGGAAACUCAGUGCAGAGAGAAGGAAGAAUGAGCUACGCUGAGUUUGUUUGGUUCCUCAUUUCAGAAGAGGACAAAAAGAACCCCACGAGUAUAGAGUACUGGUUCCGCUGUAUGGAUAUGGAUGGAGAUGGUGUUCUGUCCAUGUUUGAACUGGAGUUUUUCUAUGAGGAGCAGUGUGAACGCAUGGAGGGGAUGGGCAUUGAACCACUGCCCUUCCAGGAUCUCCUGUGCCAGAUGCUGGACUUAGUUAAACCAGAAUGCCCAGGUAAAAUUACUCUUCGAGAUUUGAAGCGCUGCAGGAUGGCACAUAUAUUCUACGACACAUUUUUCAAUCUGGAGAAGUACCUGGACCAUGAGCAGAGAGAUCCCUUUGCAGUGCAGAAGGAUUUGGAUAGUGACGGUCCAGAGCCCUCAGACUGGGACAAGUAUGCUUCCGAAGAGUAUGAGAUUCUUGUGGCAGAGGAGACAGCCAAUGAACAGCUACGAGAGGGAUCUUUCGACGACGAUUACGAGUCCGAUGAGCUCACGGUCUCCUCAGACAUUGGAAGUAAAAUGGAUAAGCUGGUCAUAUCUGAUUUAUCUGCAUAAGUUGCCAUUUUUGUCUACACACCAUGACGUUGAAUGGAUAACCACCACGCCAUAUUUUCCCUGACGUGUCAAAAAGGGAAAAACGUUUUUCUACAUUUCAUUAAGGACAUUUGUGUGUGUGUGUGUGUGUGCAUGUGUGCAAUAGAACCACAUCUAAAACCAAAAGGCUUCAGACUCCCACAAAAAGGCUUUAUGUGCAAUAUGUCUUAACAUGUAAAUGUAAACUCAAUGUUUUUCACUCUCAUACUGAUAAUUACAUCCACUCCCAAACUAAACUGCCGGCUGGUUCCAUCCACCCUUCACAAAGACUUUGAUGUGAAAAAAGGACUUUUUAGUAACUUAAGAAUGAGUUUAGAAUGUGCUUUAAUGUGAGUGAAACUAUAUGCUGCCAUAUAUUUUUAAAGGGUGGGGAGGGAAAUACUAGAGAGACUUUAUACUUGUGUGGCCCGUAGUUCACGGAAACUAGUCCUCUCAGAUUAAACCAGACAUUUAAGUCCUGAGAUCAGCACAUAUCUUGUGCUAUGCUGUGUUGCACAUUAUGUUUAAGGGACGUGGCAACGGUGCAAACGUGUUGCUCCCAGUGGUCACUGAUGGUAUUGCAUGUUGUUGCUUAAAGAUAAGACUUUUUAAGUGUUUGAACUUAAUUACAGACA